UGCAAUUCUAUUUUGUGUUGAUUGUUAUAAGUGUUUGCCCCCCUGGGAUGUUUUUGGACAAAUCUAACAGAACUGAAAAAUUGAUAAAAACAGUUAGCUCAUUGGGCUAUCCCAUUGAAGCUCACCAAAUUGGAACGGAGGACGGCUAUAUUUUAACAGCGUUCAGAAUACCACAUGGGCGAAAUGCCACAAUGUCCAGCAAUCUUCCAAUUAUACUCAAUCACGGAAUGUUGGGAUCAGCAGAGAACUACAUUUGGAUGGGACCCCAGCGAUCCUUAGCCUAUAUUUUAGCUGACAAUGGAUAUGAUGUAUGGUUGAUGAAUUGUAGAGGAACAUCUCAUAGUAAGAAACAUAAAAAACUUAAUCCAGAACAGAAAAAAUUUUGGGAUUUUUCAUUUCACGAAAUAGGCGCAUAUGAUAUACCAGCUGUAAUUGACCAUAUUCUUAAUGCUACUGAUCAAAGUAACCUCUUUUAUGUUGGCCAUUCACAAGGAUGUACCACGAUUUUUGUAAUGGGUUCGGAAAGACCUGAAUAUAACGAAAAAAUUAAGCUGGCAGUAGCACUGGCUCCGGGAGCAAUUUACAAAAAUUUUAAGCAGCCAUGGAUUGAAUUGUUACUUAAGCUUGUUCCAUUAGAUCAAUUAGAGCUCUUAGCAGAUUCACUGAAGUUAUAUCAAAUUCCUCCACCAUAUUUUUCCGAAAACGAUAUAGCAGAGCUGUUAACAAUGCUCUGUGUAACAAACACAAACAAGUUUAUGAAGAAAUUAUGUAACUUGUCUUUUGAGAUGACAGCUGACACUGAUAUGGAAAACAUAGAUCAGGAAGACGUAGCAUCCAUAUUGAGUAUAUUGAUAGACUCAAUCUCAGUUAAACAGGCUCUUCAUUAUGGUCAACUGAUUGUAUCAGGAAAUUUCCAAAAUUACGACUAUGGUCCGAAGAUAAACAAACAAAAGUACAAUACCAGUUCACCUCCGCUAUACGAUUUGAAAAACAUUAAGUAUCCAACUGCUCUCUUCUUCGGAAAAACUGAUCAGUUAGUUUCACCAGAGGAUACUCGCUUGUUAGCAAAACAACUGCCAAAUGUAGUGUACUAUUCGCCAGUACCUUUAACUCAUUUUAGUCAUCUAGACUUCAUUAUUAAUAAACACAACGAACAUUUUGUAUAUACACCAAUUUUAAAACUGUUAGAACGAUUUAAAAACAAAUAAAUUCUAAGAAUGUG